UGCAACUAUUUUUUUUCUUCUUUAUGCCACAGCCAACAAAUAAUACGACUAUUCUGUUAAGGAGAGAAUCACCAUGAAAAGAUUUGCGACUGUACAUUAGCGGUCGAUUAUAGAUUGACGUGAAACUAACAUAUUUCAUGGCAAGUCAGUUGUUAGUAUGACGAAUAGAAGUACUUUUAGGAUAAGACCUCGGCGGACAUCAAGUUAUAUGUCGUGGCACCCCAAGGGACAUCCGUGUGGGCACAAAGAAAGUCCGACUGGUUCGAAAUAUCAGCCUUGCCCAGACCCUAGCUCCAGUGGCCUCCAGGUAAAUUGAGUUUGAGACCCCUGGUCUAAAUGUAACAGUGCUCCUUUUUUUUUUUUUUUUUAACUUCGACAGACGCUGUCAAAAAAUGGAUAUCGGUCCCAGCUCUGCAAUAUCCAACAUGGCCUCCAUUGAUGGAGAGCCCGGGGAUGCGGAGCUCAAAUGCGAGGUGUCUGCGGAUUCCCAGUUGGAGGGUUUGGAUGUCUACAACCCGAUAGAGCCUCCUCCUUUAGACUGGAGGUCGGACUCUUCCACUGAGGCGGGCUCAACAGAAGAACCGGAGGACCCCAGCUUCUUCGAUACGCGCGCCGAUGUCGAAGAGGUGAGCUCGGGUGGCGUGCGUGCGAAUUGCGCUGUGGUCUCACCUGACGAUAACGAGCGGGAGCUUGAUGCAGCUUCAAACCAGGUGCAUGAGCCGGAAGCGGGUGACGUUGAAGAAGAUGGAGAUACCCGCCAGGAGACGACGACAUGUCCGGAUGUUGAGGAUGACCCUAUAAACCGAAUACAAGGUGAUGAUGAAGACCACACUCGUAUCCAAGAUCUGCUCGGCCAACUUCAGCUCAUCGGAGAAGAGCAUCAACUUCGUCUCAGAACAUCACCUUGCUUUGAUCAGCAGCAGGACUCUGGUCUCUCCGAUCUUGAGACACGUUCUUCUCUUUCGCCCUUAAGAGAUGAUAGCACCGAAACCACGGGGUUAUUGUUUUCCGAAAGCCACCAGCGAGACGUGCUGGGACUGCUGCAGGGCACUGCCAUCGCCGCUUCACCCCAUCCCGGCUACGUCCCCCACACCGGGGAAGUGGACGCUGUUGUUUCUGUAUCCUACAACCAGGAGGACGUCCAGAGGUUCUGGGGACAUUAUGGGAAUGGUCAACAGCAGCGGCACAGGGACGAGUCUGUCAGCUCACUGCCUGAUGAAGACUCUCCUGAGCCGGUGUGGCUGAAACAGGGGGAAGAGGCUCCAGGGGAGGAGGCUACUGCAGCAGAAAGUGCGGAGAAUGCUGAUGAGCAUCCUUCAUAUAAAGACGUUCCUGGUCCUUGUGACCCUGAAGAUCUCUUAGAUGGAGUCAUAUUUGGUGCCAAGUACAUGGGUUCCACCCAGAUCAAAUCAGAGAGGAACCCAUCUACUAACGCCCGCAUGACCCAGGCUCAGGAGGCGGUGGAUCGCAUUAAGGCUCCAGAAGGGGAAUCCCAACCAAUGACAGAAGUGGAUCUCUUCAUCUCCACUCAGAGGAUUAAAGUUCUUUCUGCUGAUACUCAGGAGGCCAUGAUGGAUCACGCUUUGCAGAUGAUCUCUUACAUCGCCGACAUCGGCGACAUCGUUGUCCUGAUGGCACGUCGGAAGCGUAAAGAGCAAGAAAGCGCCGCCUCCGCCAAGCCUCAGAAGUGCUUGAUGGUCUGCCACGUCUUUUCUUCCGAGGAUGCGCAGACCAUCGCUCAGGCUAUCGGCCAAGCAUUCGGUGUGGCCUACCAACAGUUCCUUCAGGUCAACGGUAUCAAGGCCAGUGAUCUACGCCCUGGCGAGUACAGCGACUACCUGGAAAGCCAGGAGCUCUACAAUGGAGAUCUGGCCCACUUCUCUGACUCCCAGAACAUCAGAGAUGUUGCUAUCACCAAGGCUCCAGGAGAAAUUCUGGGGUUAGCAGUGGUGGAGUCAGGCUGGGGCUCCAUCCUGCCCACAGUGAUGGUGGCCAACCUCCUUCACGGAGGACCCGCCGAGCGCUGCGGGGAGCUCAGCAUUGGCGAUCGCAUCAUGUCCGUCAACAGCACCAGUAUGGUGGGUUUACCCAUCACCACCUGCCAGAACAUCAUCCGGGACUUGAAAAGCCAGAAGUAUGUUAAGCUCAGCAUCGUCCACUGUCCUCCCGUCACCAUGGCGAUUAUCAGAAGACCAGAUCCUAAAUUCCAACUGGGUUUCAGCGUGGAAGACGGCAUUAUCUGCAGUCUAAUGCGAGGCGGUAUUGCCGAAAGAGGAGGCAUCCGAGUCGGACAUCGCAUCAUUGAAAUUAACGGGCAGAGCGUCGUCGCCACGCCGCACGACAAGAUCAUUCACAUCCUGACAAAUGCAGUCGGAGAGAUUCACUUGAAGACCAUGCCGGCCUCCACCUACAGGCUCCUAACGGGACAAGAGCAACCAGUAUUUCUUUGACUUGCCAAGCAUAGCUAUUAUGCAACUGAACAGUAUCACAAUCUAGUAUAAAGUAUUUUAGGUAGCGCAUUUUAAAGUAAAAUGGAUGUACAUUGCUCACUUUGUAACAAUUAUGAUAAUUAUGAUAAACAUUGAGGUGCGUUUCAUAGGGUUUUUGGUCUUCCGGUUUUGUGUGCCUGACCUGAAAGUGCUCACAGAAGAGACGUAAAAGUACUCAAUGUACUCAUAGUCCCUUGCUUUUAUAUUGACUCUCACUUGAAAAACACUGGUUUAUAUAUCAUGCAAUACAUGGAAUAAAUAUGCACAUUUCAAAACAAUUAUAUCUUCCUUAGUCAAAACGUUUUAUUACAGACAAAACUUUGCAUUGUGGUGUGUCUGUGUCUCUUAGUGGGGACUCCAUAGCAUGCUAAUGAUUUACAUUACAAUAGAAAGGACACGUCAUUGGUGCCAUCUACAGGGUAGGGGGGAAAGGAACUUACAUCAAAGGGAGAAAUUUGUCAAUUUUUACAGGGUGACCCAAAAAAAACGGGCCCCGACUCUAAUUAGGCCCCGUUUCUUAGUGUUUUGUCUGAAUGAAAUGAAACUUUGGUCAUAACUAGUUUAUUAUUAUAUUCAAAACAUCACAUCAAAACACUAUGGCAGGGGUCUCAAUGUGUGCCAAAUGUGGCCCGCAGGACACUAGUUUGAGGCCCCCGCCUUGAUAUGAAAGUUUAAUGUUAGUGUCGCCCCGCGCAAGUUUGAUAUGGAUGCUGUAUGGUAUCAUGUACCCAGAAAAAAUUAUUACGUUUGAUUAAUGUUCAUGUUAAAGGUUAAAUAACUGUUAAUAGUUAUCCUCCCUAUCCGUGUGGAAGUGGUAAGUUUUUGGGCUAUUUAAGUUUAACGGAAAUAACUUGAAGGCUACCGUUUAGGUCGCUAGCUCUCUAGUUUGCGAGUUAGCAUGUGUCUCAAGACCCUGCAGUUGCGCAAUAUGUUGUAAAUAAAAAGAGUAUAAAUGUGACUAUAGUCGUGUUUUGUCAUGUCUACAGGGCUCUAAUAAUGCUUUGUUCAUUUUAAUCAGAAAAAAAAUAAUUUGUCUACCCACCAACUAUAUGUGGUUUCUUAAGUUUUUAUUAUUUGCCGUUAUAUUUAUUUAUUACUGAUUGAUUGAUUUUCUUUAUUCUUGAUUUGUUUAUUUUUCAUCUUAUUUGUGCAGAAAAAUAAAAAUUAAGAUAUUUGAGAACAGUGGAA